AUGGCGUGGCUGCCGAAGUUCAAUUUACGACAAAGCGAGCCAUACUCUGAGCCAUCAGACGGGCAGGAGGAAGCUGCGAAAGUCGCCAUAUUGGAGAAGGCUAUGAAGGGUCGGCAACCCACAGACCUCAUGCUGCGCUGCACUGUGUUGGAUGCUGAGGGGAACGUGAAAACCAUCUCCGGUCAAUUCAGAAGGACGGAUCUGUGCUCGGAGCACCGACUGAACCCGCGUGAUCUACGUAAAAUCGACUCCAGGAUACCAAAUCUCGUCCCCACGAUUCUCGUUCGGAAGGAGGCCAUACUUGUGAACAUUUUGCACAUACGUGCGCUUGUCAAGGCCGACGCCGUUGUACUCUUUGAUACCUAUGGUUCCGCCGAUUCAAGAUUACACUCGGUUUUCCUAUACCACCUGGAGCAUAACUUGAAGGCGAAGACGGCAGGGCUGCCGUACGAGUUUCGAGCACUGGACUCGAUUCUCCUGUCCGUAUUGAGUGCGCUGGAGGCUGAGAUGGUCUUCAUCCGAAAUCUCAUCGGCGGCCUCCUGGCCGAGCUCGAGGACGACAUUGAUCAUGACCGGUUCAAGCGAUUGCUGCACUAUUCGAGACGGCUGGCGAGUUUUUCAAACCGAGCGAAACUAGUCAGUUUCAUAAUCUCACUCUGGGUUGUUGACACGUUAGUGACCGACCCAAAAAUUCCUGUACAAGAAGCUUUGGAAGAAGUCCUUGAACAAGACGAGGACCUAGCGGCUAUGUACCUUAGCGAUAAGAACAACGGUAUAACCCGCAAGCCCAGUGACCAUGAGGACCUCGAGGUUCUGUUGGAGUCCUUCUCGAAGCAGGUUGAAGAAAUCGUGAACGAGGCAGAGAAUAUACAAAGCAACGUGCAAUCCACUCAAGAGAUUGUUGAGUUGCUUCUCGAUUCAAAUCGUAAUGCACUAUUGGCGCUCGACCUCAAAAUUUCCAUACUCACCAUGGGCAUUGGCAUUGGGACCUUGGUCGCUGGUGUUUUCGGGAUGAACCUUAAAAGUCAUAUGGAGGAGAACGAGUAUGCGUUCCUUGUGAUGUCGGGCUUAUCAAUGCUCGUAGCAUUUGCAUUCUCAUACACUGGACUAAGACGAUUAGCGAGAAUACGGAAAGUCGGGCUUGCUACUAAUAACAAGAAGACCAAUGCAAGAUAUCGUUGGCUGGCGCAUUACUGGCGCAGCAAACGCGACGGCUGGCCAUGACGUUGACCUGAUAGACUACGCGUAUGUGCCUCUCCUAUUCUUUCCACCCUCAUCUCCGCCGUUACAUAUCUUAGUACUCUUCAUAGACAUCGUACAUGACAGCAUAGCAUCUUAAUCUAUUUC